CGUAGCGUCGUCGUCACGGGGUCUCUGCUUCUGUCUAUGGGUCUCAGAAAAGACGAUAUAAAGGAAAAAUGGCUGCCCUUGUGUUAGCUACACCUGUAGCCCUUCUGGCUUCUACUUUGGGACAUUGAAGUACAGCUAUCAUGGAGAAGCAGAGAAGGCAACUGAGUCCAGAGCAAGAUGCCCUGGAGCACAUAAUUGCUCUUAGAGACAAACCCUUCCUGGAGGAAAGGUUUAUAGACUUCUUUAAAGGGAGAGGAGUGUUUACCCACAAGGCCAUCGAACCGUCCAUGUUUGUUGUUGAAUAUCGGGGGAAAAUCUUUUCUCACAAAAACACAACGCCUAAGAAGAAAUGUGAUACUCUUAACAAUUUUUUGUUUGAGUUUUCAUGGAAAGGAGCACAGUGGUGCAUUGAUGCCUCGAAAGAAGACGGGACCCUUGGACGACUUGUAAAUGAUGAUCACAUAAGUCCCAACUGUGAAAUGAAGAAAGUUGUCUGUGAGGGCAAGCCACACUUGUGUCUGUUUGCAGUGACAGAAAUAUCUCCAGGCGAGGAGAUAACUUACAACUAUGGGGACUCCUCUUGCCCAUGGCGAUCAAAUGCGUCUUGUGAUGGAUCAAGUACUUCUUACUCAGACUUCUAUGCUUCUUCAUCAACAACAAGGAAUAAAAGGUUGGAGGACUCAUCAGCUUCCAGUUUUGAAAAUCCCUGCUCUGGUGAUUAUGGUGACGAACUACGUGGCAGUGGGCCAAGUCAUGGCAAUAAUAGUUUUGGCGACAUCAACUGUCAGCUGGAUUUUAGGGACACUUCACCUUUUGCAGACUUAAACUCUUCUCAAGAGAUGACAGGGACUUUGAUGCUGCAUCCAGACAAUCCUUUAUACACCCAGCAGGAGGAUGAGGCUGCUUCCAGCUCUAAAGAACUCGACUCUGAUGGAGACGAUGGACCCAGCGAUGCUUCACCAAACACCAAAGGCCCUACCUGCACCAGUAAAAAUUAUUGUUACGUUUGCGGGAAAGGCUUUGCUAAACUUACUCGUCAUCUUUUAAGGCAUGCUGACGAACAGCCUGAAAUUGCUGAAGCUUUGGCAUUACCCCAAAACUCCACGGAUCGAAAAAGGAUAUUUGACGAAUUACGUAACUGGGGAAAUUACCUUCAUAAUAAAGAGGUGUUGAAGAAUAACAGUGGAGAGUUAAAACUGAGAAGACGACCAACAACCACGGUGAUUGAUCCUAAAACACAUGUGCACUGUCUAUAUUGUAAAGGCAUGUAUGGACGUAAGGACAUGUGGAGGCAUGUAGCCAGAUGUCCGUCUAAGACGUCAAACCCUGCAACAGGCGGUAAGACAAGAGUCUUGGGUGAGAUUGCUCUUGCAGAGUUACCACUCUCCAAAAAGAUUCCAUCUGCUGUGAGGAAGUUGCUCUCAAAUAUGAAACAAGAUGAGAUUGCUUCAGCAGUUCAAAAUGAUUUCCUUCUACUACAGCUGGCACAGAAUCUGUGUGAGAAGUAUGGAAAUAAUUCCAGUGAGCACAUCAGACAGAAGCUACGAGAAAUGGGAAGACUUUUGUUAGCACUGCGUGAAAAGUCAAUAUUUAGCUUCGAAGAUGCUAUAAAACCCAAAAACUUCUUCAGAGUUGUUGAGGCUGUCAAAGAACUCGCUGGUUUCGAUGAAAAGAUGCAAAGCUAUAACAAACCAAGUCUUGCUUUGAAAUUAGGACAUACACUGAAGAAAAUAGGCACCAUUGUCCUCACUGGAGCUGAUGGCAAUGAGCAGAUGAGAGACACAAAGAAAUUCAUGAAACUGUGUGCAAAAGAAUGGUCUGAACAUGUCUCCCAAGCAGCCCUCGCUUCGUUGAGUGGACGAAGAGUAAACAACCCGUCUACCAUACCAUUCACGCGUGAUGUGCAGGCGUUCUUCAGGUACCUACAAACAACCACUGCUUCUGCCAUUGAAAGCAUGGAGCAGUAUGAAAGCCAGCAGGUCUACAAUGCACUUUGCAAAGUGACACUUGCACAAGCAUCAGUCUUAAGCAAAUGCGCACCUGAGGUUUCAAAAAUGACACUGAAGACAUUCCAGGAGAGAGACGACUCUACUCAAGUGUUGUCCAAGCACUUCAUUAGGAUAAAUAUUCCAAGCAGGACUGGCCAAAAUGUUGCCGUCUUGUUGACCUCUGAACUUGUCAGUGCAAUAACUUUGCUUGUGAACAAGAGAAAAGCAUGUGGCGUACACAAAGACAAUCCUUUCUUGUUUGCAAAGCCUGACUCUUCUCCCACAAGCCUCCACCACGGAAGGGUCUGCAUCAGGGCUUUUUCCAUUCUGUGUCAUGCAAAGAACCCAGAGCAUCUCAGGGCGAUGCGUUUUCACAAGCACAUUGCUAGAGUCUUCCAGAUUCUUUACCUGGAGAACGACGAGUUGGAUCACCUCGCUAAACUGUUGGGCCAUGACAUCCGGGCUGACAAGGACUAUUAUCGCCUGCCAGAAGCAGCUGUGGAACUGGCAAAAAUUGCAAAACUUCUUCUGGCAAUGGAAAAGGGUUCUCUUGAAAGAUUUGAAGGAAACUCUCUGGACCAAAUUGAGAUUGAAGAUGAAUUAGAGCCAGAUGAGGAACAGGGCAACCCUGAAAACUAUGAUAUUGAGGAGGACAUUGAAGAAUCAGAUCUUUUACUUCAGCAGAGCGAUGCUGUGGAACAACAAGACAGGCAACUGACUCCUGAGCAAGAUGCCCUGGAGCACAUAAAAGCUUGUAGAGACAAACCCUUCCUGGAGGAAAGGUUUAUAGACCCUUUUAAAGGUAGAGGUGUGUUUACCCAGCAAUCCAUUGAACCAUCCACCUUUGUUGUUGAGUUUCGGGGGAACAUCUUCUCUCACAAGGAAACCAGGAAAAAGAAGCGUGGUGAUACUCUGAACAAUUAUUUUUUUGACUUCUCGUGGAAUGGAACAAACUGGCGCAUUGAUGCCUCGAAAGAAGACGGGACCCUUGGACGACUUGUAAAUGAUAAUCACAUAAGUCCCAACUGUGAAAUGAAAAAAGUUGUCUGUGAGGGAAAGCCACACUUGUGUCUGUUUGCAGUGACAGAAAUAUCUCCAGGCGAGGAGAUAACUUACAACUAUGGGGACUCCUCUUGCCCAUGGCGAUCAACGGAAACCAGUGAAGAACUGAAUACAUCACAAACGGACGUAAAUGCUGCAUCUUCACCAGAGGAUGAGGGUGCUGAAGACUCUGCAGGACCCUCCAGUUCUGCAGCAUCCUGCUGUGAUGAAGACUAUGUGCCUUCUCCCAGCAACAACCGUCAGAGUUUCACAGAGUCCGAUUCUCCUGAUGAUUUUACCUCUGAUGAAGAGCUCAAAGAUCCCUCCUUCACAAACAAAAAUGAUGAAGAUCUCAAAGACCACACCUUAACCAACAGAAAUUAUUGUUACGUUUGCGGGGUAGCUCAGUCUAAAAUUUCUCGUCACCUUUUCACCCAUAGACAUGAAGAACCUGAUAUAGCUGAAGUGUUAAGACUACGCAAAAACUCCAAAGAACGAAAAGCGCUACUGGAUAAGUUAAGAGACAGAGGAAAUACCAAACAUAAUGAAGAGGUUUUGAAGACUCGCUGUGGACAACUGAAAGUAAAAAGAAAAUCAAGCAUGCUCACCACUGUUAAAACACUUACAACCUGUGUAUAUUGUAAAAGCAUGUACAUUCGUAAGGACAUGUGGCGACAUAUGCAAAAGUGUUCUGCAAGGAAGUCCUCAGAACCUUGGUCAUGUGGGAAGACUAAAGUCUUAACUUUGAUUGCUGCAGCAGAGUCAACGGACCCCCAAAAAAUCUCAUCAGAUGUGAGGAAGAUGUUAAACACAUUGAAGAAUGAUGAGAUUUCAUCUGAAGUCUUGAAUGAUUCCUUUAUACUGCAGCUGGCGCAGUGUUUGUACCGCAUGAAUAGAGAAAAAAAAAAAAAAAAAUGUGGAAGACCUCAAACUGAGACUGAGGCAAAUGGGACGACUCUUGUUAACAUUGAAGAAAAAGUCGAUAUGUAGCUUUAAAGAUGCUA